CCGCCUUCAACAGCCGCAGAAGAAGAAAGGAAGCGCACGAGCAACGUGAGAGCCAUGCCGAAAUCAAAGCGGGAUAAGAAAGUCUCUCUGACCAAAACUGUCAAGAAGGGACUGGAAUCUAAGCAGAACCUGAUUGAGGAGCUGCGGAAAUGCAUCGACACGUACAGAUACGUGUUCAUCUUCUCGGUGGAAAACAUGAGGAACAGCAAACUGAAAGAUGUCAGGACAGCGUGGAAGCACAGCCGGUUUUUUUUUGGCAAGAACAAGGUGAUGAUGAUUGCGCUCGGGAAAGGACCGACAGACGAAUACAAGGAUAAUUUGCACAAGGUGAGCAAGUUCCUGCGAGGGGAAGUGGGAGUCCUGUUUACAAACAAAACCAAAGAGGACGUACUAGAGUAUUUCGCUGGGUUCAGGGAGACGGAUUACGCUCGAGCGGGGAAUGUGGCUCAUAUGGCAGUUACUCUGGACGAGGGGCCGCUUGAACAGUUCUCCCACUCCAUGGAGCCUCAGCUCAGACAGCUAGGACUGCCUACAGCGCUUAAAAAAGGAGUUGUCACGUUAUUGAAGGACUAUGAAGUGUGUAAAGAAGGAGACACACUGACUCCUGAACAAGCCCGAAUCCUGAAACUGUUCGGGUUCGAGAUGGCUGAGUUCAAGGUGACAGUAAAGUGCAUGUGGAAUUCAGAGACGGGAGAUUUCGAGCUGUUGGAGGAAGGUGAAGAGGCUGCUCAGGGGGAGGAAGAUGACGACGACGAUGAUGAAGAGUGCUAGGAGGAAAAAAAAAUGGACUGUGGACUAGUAACAUGGACAUGGUGGCCUAACCUGUAAAGGCACAAUACAGUUGUGCAGAUUGUUCCUUUGACAUCAUCCACUUGUUUGAGCCCUUCAUAUUAUAAUGUAAGCAAACAGCAUCACUUUGAAAGUAGUAUAUUAUUAUUAUUAUUAAGUGUGCUGAUAUGGGAUUAAAUGCUUAGACUUUUUUUUUAAACAAUAUGAUGAAUCUUUGGUGAUCUUUAUUAGAAUAUCAAAAAUAAGCCCUAAAUUACAAAGUCAAAAAUUAAGUAGAAAUGUUAACCUGAAUGGAAACAAAGGAAUUUUUGCUCAGCUGUGAGCUGCUUUUAAUACGCUAUAUUUCCUGGGAAAAUUAUUCUAGUCAAUUUUAAUUUCCAGCUGUGAUUAGCAGUGUGUGCGUUUGUUCUUUUUCCCCCUCGAGGAAAUGUCUAGCGAAAGUAGUUAGGACACUCAUGAGACACGAGAUCCCAGCCACGCUUGAAGGCAUCCACCACUUCCUGCUUUAAAGGACCACCUUCAGCUGCUUCUAAGUUCUCGUGAAGCUGCUCCAUGGUGGACAUCCCGAUGAUCAUGGCGUCUCCAAGCUCACCCUGAGACACAGGAAAAUUUACUUAACAUCAUGCUUGUUAACAUUUUGUGAACAAAUCUUACUCUCUGGGAAUGUUAUUUACACAAGACACAAGUUCUUGAGGAAGACUUGAGUACUUGCUUAAUUAUGACCGAUUCGCUUUUAUAU